AUGAGUGAAGCUAAAACCACAGAAAUACAUUUGGAGGAUGAGAGUGUGAACGGCAACUCUCAACCACAACAAGAAAAUAUACACGAACAACAAUCAAAAUCAUCAUCAAGCUCUUCUUCUAGAAGAGAAAAGACUAGCCGAACUCUUUUCGUUGGAAACAUCCCAGCUGAAACAUCAGAGGAUGAAGUCCGAAAAGUCUUUGAAGAAUUUGGCAAUAUCAUUCGAGUUGCCAUGGGUGCUACCGACGUGAAGAAAAAACAAAACGGAUAUGCCUAUUGUUUUGUUGAAUUUGAAAUUCUAAGAGAUGCGGAAAUUGCCUUUGAUAAACUUCAAGGAGCAAAAAUCGGUGAUAGAAACAUUAAACUAGAUUAUGACUUUGGACCAAGAGGACAACGAAAGAGUUCUUCCUAUAGAAGAAGAUCUCCAAGAAGAUACGAAAGAAGAUCACCCAGAUACUCUCGAUAUGAUGACAGAAGAUCCCCAAGAAGAUAUGACCGAAGAGAUGAUAGGGAUAGAAGAGAUGAUCGAAGAUAUGAUGACUAUUCCGAUAGAGAAGAUAGAAGAUAUGAUGAUGAUUAUGAUCGAGAUGAUAGAAGAGACCGUAGAGAUGAUAGAAGAGACAAUGGACGGGAUAGAAGACCACCAAGACACUCUUCAAGAAGAUAUGAGCCUUACGGUAGAAACUCACCUUCUCCUAGAAGAUAA